AUGAGUAUUUUUUGGAGAGUUAAAGGGUUCAAUCAUUUGGUUAUCAAAAAGAUUAGUAUUCUUCGAUUCUAUUCAUCAUUGCAACACAAUACAGUUGAAGCAAAAUAUUUCAAAUUUAAGAAUGAUAUAGUCAAGAAAAAAUGGACAAUUGAAGAUGAUUUAUCAUUAACUCAUGCAAGCAAAUUGAUGAAAAUGUUAAAUUCCAUUGGUUUUGAUAAUGAGUAUAAAUUGAAAAUGAAUGGAGUGUUACCAAUUGGGUAUAAUUUUAUUUUUUUUAAUCCAGUUUGUGAAGAAAAAUUAAUUGGUGAUGAUGGGUAUGAUAAUUACCAGGCUCCGAUUGCAAUUGAUUCAAGUUUAAAUGGAUCAAAUAGAUAUAAACAGCUAUUCAAAAGAAGACUAUGGGUUGGUGGGAAACUUAUAAUUAAAGGCGAAAAUCAUUUUUUAAGAUUGAAUGAUUUUAGUGAAUGCAUUGAAAAAGUUAGCAAAAUUAAAAGAUUUAAAUACAAUGAAGAUAAAAUUGACUAUUAUAUUACAAUUGAUAGAAAGAUAUUUAAUAGUAAUAAUGAUAACUGUUUACAGGAAACUAGGAAACUUUAUUACACAUCUAAUUUAAAUAACAAUAGUAAUAAUAAUAAUAACAAUAUUAAUAAUAAUAAUAAUAAUAGUAAUAAUAAUAAUAAUAAAACAAAAAAAAUUAAGAUUAGUGAAAUUUUUUUAUUUCGAUUUUCAAGCUUAACAUUUAAUUCACAUAAAAUUCAUUAUAAUUUAAAAUAUUGCUCGGAAAUUGAAAAGAUUCCUAAACUUAUUAUUCAUGGUCCACUAUUGAUAUUAAUUAUGAUAAGAUAUUUUGUCAAUAAUGAGAUAAAUAGGGAAAUUAGUGAAGAGUAUAAAUUUAUUCAAUCGAUAAGUUAUAAGAAUCGAUAUCCAUCGUAUGUGGACGAUGAAAUAAGUUUAAAAUACAAGAUAAAUGAUGUUGUAGAUGGCGGUACCAGUAAAGCAGAUAUAUGGAUUGAAAAUAGUGCUGGCGUUAUUUGUGCUGAUUGCAAAAUUUUGUUUAGCAGUAAAAACAGCAACAUACCCUGA